AUGGAGAUUAAAGCUGAAGAUCUUGAAACUUUGUCUCGAUUAGGUGAAGGUGCAGCAGGUACGGUACGUAAAGUAUUGCACAAACCAACUCAAUUAAUAAUGGCCAAAAAGUCUAUUUCUACAGAACCUGACCCAGCUGUUCAGCGUCAAAUUUUACGUGAACUUGCCUUCUUGAAGACUUGUGAUUCACCCUAUAUCGUUUCCUUUUAUGGUGCAUUUUUAGAUGAUGGAGAUACAACUGUUUCAUUAUGUAUGGAGUAUUGUGAAGCUGGUAGUUUAGAGGAUAUUUAUAAGAGAGCAAGAGAUUUAGGUGGUGUCAUUGGUGAACCUGUACUUGAACGUAUUGCUGAAUCUGUGUGUAAAGGAUUAGUCUAUUUACAUUCUAAAAGAGUUAUUCACAGAGAUAUUAAACCAUCUAACAUUUUGGUGACACGAAAAGGAGAAAUUAAACUUUGCGAUUUUGGUGUAUCUGGUGAAUUAAUCAAUUCUAUCGCACAAACAUUUACAGGAACUCAAUAUUACAUGGCACCUGAGCGUAUUCAGGGCAAUGCGUAUGCCGUACAGUCAGAUAUCUGGUCUCUCGGUUUAACUUUAAUCGAAGUAUCUCAGAAUAGACCUGCUUUACCGCCCCCAGAUCAACCUCAUCUUUCAAUUUUUGAAUUACUUGACUUUAUUGUUCGCCAACCUGUCCCAGAAAUACAAGGAAGUCAUAUUUCUGAUGAAUGUAAAAACUUUGUAGCUGUUUGUUUAACGAAGGAUCCUAAUUAUAGACCUACUCCUGCGCGUAUGUUACAGCAUCCAUUUAUAUUAAAAUGGGAAAAUGUUCAAAUGGACCUGGGUCAAUGGGUAAAGGAAGUUUGGGGUUGGAGUUAG